GUCAUCUCUAAGACAACGGUCGGUGGCCAUCUCUUUCCGGAGAGCGUUGGGUGACAGCGCGCGCUCGCCUCAAAAUACUGUUCAGCUUCAUAUGUGGCUUGCGGUGCAGUGUUUUGCUAGAAGUGUUUGAAUUGAACUGAAAUUUCAACUGGGAUGAAUGGGGUCCUACUCAGAGAACUGCCCGCCUUCGGUUGUAUUGACGGCCAGCCUCAGCAGUUCUUCCACACCUCCCCAGAUCCGUUCAUUAGAGAAGACAUUAGAAGAGGCUGUCUCUCUCGGCGCCUUGCGAUUGAACGGUAGAAAACUCAAGGAGAUAUCCGCCAAAUUACUGCAAAAAUAUGAUCUAUCAGACACAAUUGUUGCGGACUUGUCCAAGAAUCGCCUCAGCGAGCUACCUGCCUUCGUGUGUGAAUUCUAUCUGUUGUCGGAGCUCUCCUUGUAUUCGAAUCUUCUACGGUGCCUUCCUUCAGACGGGUCACUCUUAACGUUGCAGAACUUAACGUAUCUGAACUUGUCAAAGAACCAAGUGUCUGUCAUCCCACAAGCACUAUGCGAGCUUCCGAAACUUCAGGUUCUUAUUGUUUCGCACAACCGGUUGUGUUCACUGCCCGAGGAACUGGGGCACAUGACGAGCUUAUCGGAUCUCGACGUCAGCUGUAACGAAAUUUCAUUCCUCCCGAGUCAAAUCGGGGACUUAGUGUCUUUGAAGUACUUAGAUUUGAGAAGAAACCUCCUCGUGGAGCUCCCUCCGGAUAUAUGCGAGCUCCAUGGCUUACGACGAUUGGAUAUCUCCGAAAAUCGUAUCCAGACCUUGCCAUCGCAGAUGAAACACAUGGCUCUGACGGAGUUUUUCUGUGAUCACAAUCCCCUCGUCACCCCACCGGCAGCGCUCUGUACCCGCGGUCUGAUACACGUGAAGAAGUUCCUCGACAAUGAAGAACGGAAACGCGGUGGUAGUGCGCAAAGCGAUACGGGAACCUUGACGAACGGUCGGAGUGGCCUUCGCCAAAGGGAAUCUCUGAGGUUGACGAACUUGGGCUGCUAUGGGAACGUCGGGAAGAACAAAAUGGAUUCUAACGUUGUUGACGGGGGACCUGCUUUUGUCUUCAAUGAUAAAGGUUACCCGAUGAGCUCCUUCAAAGAUGACAUGAGCGCCACUGACGAGAUUCGCCGGUUCGCGGCCCAGCGAAUGGAAUUCACGCGAAGUCCAAAGAAAUCACACGUAAGACGUCGCGGGUCAGCCCAUCCGAUCGGUCCGAGCCACCAGGGUCCAAUUACGAGCCCGUCGAGUGAGGCUAAUACGUUACAAGGAGGUUUGGCGACCCCAAGCACACUGAGCCCGACCACGGAAUUCGUUCCCCUGCCAGAAAACGGUAAGUCAGAGAAUUUUCGCGGAGCGGGACCUCAACAUUCUGACCUUUCGUUUGAAGGAUAUGGUUUCGAUUUGUCAGUCCGAGUGCAAUGAAUUUCAUUUCGCUUCGACUCUGCAGAACACGUGACACCCGAGGAGGAGUUCAGACAGAGGCAUGAAGCCAUCGUACUCAAACAGAGAGCCGAGGCACUGAAACGAGCGCAAAAGGAGGCCGUGAUGGCAUUUGUGAAACAACGCACGAGUUCCGUGUCCCUCCCGCCGCAUCCUCAGCAACCACCGCCACCCCCUCCGAACUCCAGCGCAAUCCUACCGGCGAAUGCUAGUCCCAGCGCGGAAACGGCACCCCCCUUGCCCAGUUUCACGAUUCGACGAGGUUUGGAUCGCGCUCGCGAAGAGCAGGAACUCCUCCAACGGAUGCGGCAGAUAAUCGAAUCGCGACUGAAAAUGGCUCUCCCGGAAAAUCUUGCCGGAGCUCUGACCGAUGGUGUUGUGCUGUGUCAUCUUGCGAAUAAUGUCCGUCCCCGCUCGGUGGCAACGAUACACGUCCCGUCUCCCGCCACGCCGAAGCUCACGAUGGCCAAAUGCAGGAGAAACGUCGAAAACUUCCUGGAUGCCUGUCGUCGUCUCGGAGUGCCAUCGGAGGAAGUCUGCGAAUGCGGAGACGUGUUGGCCGAAUUCGACGCUCAAGCCGUUUUGGCGACCAUCGAAGGCCUCCUCAGAAUUGGCAAGGCCAAACCUAAAUGCAGGCCGCCCCCGCCACCGCCUGCUCGCGAUGGGCAGCAAGCGCAAAUUGUUAAUAAUAACGUUUCUAAAGUUCUCAAAGACGAGGAUCAUUUACAAAUCACCUCAGAAUCCGCGGACAACGCCGAUAUACCCUCGCGGAACGACAGUCCAGUUAGCACCAGUGAAGAUAUAUCUAACCUCGAAAAUCUCGAGUUCGAUCCGAGCGAUAUUCGACCGAAUUCCGCCGCGGGCAGCCAGCAACGGUCGAAGCUCGAUAAGCGUGACCAGGACGAGGAUAAGGGCAACUUGACAGCGACUUUCCAAUCGGUGAACUCACGUCAAGACCACGACAAGAAUGCGGUCGCUAGGUUGAGGAAUAUGUUUGAGGCCGCCGGGCCCGAUUUCCAAGACGCUAACAAGACGCCAUCAUCGACCGCCGCCGAGGUUUUCCACGCAAAGACUGAGGUCGUUCAAUCAGGCUUAAGGAGCGAGAGCUUCGUUUCAAAACCCAAAUUAAUCGGGGCAGCGUCAGCGGGCUUGGCUGUCCUCUACAUGUACUUUUAUCAUCCUUGGAUUUUACUCCUGCUAUUCAUCGGCGUCAUCCUUGCUGUGUGGCGAACUUUCACGCAGCGUGGUGCCGCCUAACCGAGCUUCACUGAAUCGACGGGAAUCCAGGCAUGGAGAAUAUACAUAUAU